GAUUUCAUUGGACGCUUCUUUUUCCGACAAUAAAACCCUGCGCAGGUGUGCUUGCUUGCUCGCUCGAGCGAACGAAACUCAGGCGCGCGCGCACGCACACUCGGUCGCAUCCCUGAUCGGAUGGACUGAGAAAUUCUUCUCCCGAAGAUGAUCGGGGGCGACCCUUCUUUCGUUUCGCGCGCUUGUUCUUUCGUUUUCCUCGUCGUCCUUCCCCCCCACGUCGUUCCGCUGCGGCGACUUUGCAUUCCGUUAGCAAGAGAGCCCUUCGAGAUUUCCGCGGUCAUUUGAGGAGAUUUGGUGGAGGGUCGUGAAUUAGCUUGUGAUUUCGGGCCAUUUCGCUUCUGAGAGGGAGGAAGAGAGUCGAAUUGGGCAGAUUGGUUGAUUCGAGGAUGCUACGAAGCCAAUUGGCCUAGGGCUUGCUUCUGUGAAUGCUGCUGCUCCCUUGUUUCGGCUUAUUAGGAGAUGGACAGCUCGAGUUUGGGAGGUGGGUUUUUGUCGGUGUCGAGCGGGGGAUUGUUGGACCUGGAGUCCUCAAUGCACAGGCACCAACAGACCCACCUGGCUCAUUCGUCCUUGAGCCACCGGCAACCGAUGAAUCUCAUGACUGGUCUUGAAAGCAGCAGCCAACACAUCGGACUGAUGGAAGUCGGGGGCUUGGCGGCGCGAGGUGUGCCGACAACUUUCAGCAAAGGGAAGGCUGCGGUUAGUGCGUUGAAUGCCGACAAUAUUAGCGAAGAGGAUGAACCUAGUUUAGAUGAUGGAAAUGGCGAGAGUUUGGUAAAGGGUAAGAAGGGUUCUCCGUGGCACCGAAUGAAGUGGACGGAUGAGGUGGUUAGGCUUCUCAUUGCAGUGGUUGCUUACGUGGGCGAUGAUGGGGCUGCCGAGGAGGGAUUUAGAGGGAAGUCCGGGAUCCUCCAGAAAAAGGGCAAGUGGAAAACUGUUUCGAAGAUUAUGAUCAGUAGAGAUUGUCAUGUUUCGCCGCAGCAGUGCGAGGAUAAGUUCAAUGACUUGAACAAGAGGUACAAGAGACUGAAUGAUAUCCUUGGGAGAGGAACUAGUUGUAGGGUGGUGGAGAACCCUGCCCUUAUGGAUUCCAUGCCUCAGCUAUCUGCAAAGGCAAAGGAAGAUGUGAGGAAGAUAUUGAGCUCGAAGCAUUUAUUUUACAAAGAGAUGUGUGCCUACCAUAAUGGCCAGAAGAUUCCUUACUGCCAAGAUCUUGAUUUACAAGCGUAUUCAUUGCGUCUCGAGAGGGGAUCAAAGGACGAGGAUGCAUCAGAUGAGGAAGCUGAAGACAAUGAGGAUUGUGAUGACGAAGACGACAACGACGGAUUGGAUGAUGAGGAUGACAAUGGUGUUGACGGAUGCCGGGGAAAAGUGUGUGGAUCUAAUAAGAGGAAAAUGGUUGAGGAGGACGGCCCUUCAUGGCCGCAGGGUAGUAGGCAAGAGGGUUUGCAAUUUGAGAUGGCAGAUAUAUUUCAGGACCCAUCAAAGACAUCGUGGGAGCGAAAGGAUUGGAUUAAGAGACAGAUGUUGCAACUUCAAGAACAGAGAGUGAGCAUUCAGGUUCAAUCCUUUGAGCUCGAGAAACAGCGUUUUAAGUGGCUAAGAUACUGCAGCAAUAAAAACAGGGAGCUGGAGCGGAUGAGGCUGGAAAACGAGAGUAUGAAACUAGAAAAUGAGCGGGGAUUUCUGGAGUUGAAGCAUAAGGAGUUGGAAAUCAAUUCCAGGAGAUCGGAAGCAUCUUUUGACCCCCCUUCUCAUGGCAUCGACAGAUUUCAAGGGAGAGAUCACUUAGAUUUGAGUAGGCAUCAAUAGCAACCUACUGGCCUCUCUUUGCUGUCUCUCCACUCAGAAGGACGAGCUACGUACUGGUUAUGUAUUAACUGCUUUAUCAUCAAAGUUUGGUGGGACUGCUAUUCUUUUUUUUUUCCCUGUGAGUAGAUUUGUGCUAUUGAAAGUGGAUUGUUGUAUUUUGAUAAUUUAUCUGCCUGUGAACUGCCUAAUGUAAACCUGCAUUAAGAUUUUCCAAUUAGCAGCGCGGUAUCUUUUGCUCUUA